ACACACACAUGCAGUGGAAUGAAUAGAGUGCACGUACAUGCAGCCACAAUUAAGCCUAUAAAGUAAUUGCUAUAAUAAACUAUGGCGACAACCCAAGUCAGAGUAAAGAGGCCAUUAAGAAAAGCUCGGAUAUUAAGCAACAAAGUUAGAACUACACUGAUAAAAGCAUCUAAGAAGAAAGAAAUAGACAUUGACAUAUCAGAUGUUGUUGUUGGAGGAUCAGUGGCUCAUGGUACAGCAUUACCUGGGCACUUUGACAUAGACCUUACUGUCUUCUCACUAAGUCUACAUCCAAUAAAGCAUACAGUAACAGAACAGACGUAUAAAGACGGUAUGGAACAGAUCAUUCACUGUCUCCAAAGACACUUGACAAAUUACUACAAAAUAAAGGACCCUGAGGAACUGUAUGGAAACCAUGGUCGACGUUUCCAAUGUUGGCACUUCCAAGUGGAUUUAUCACUGAGCCCAAAAUGGGAAAAUCUAGAGGAUAUGUACAAAUAUAUGAAGAUGAACCCAAGCACAAGAAAGUUGUCUGCAUCCGAGCAGGAAGGAGGUAUCUGAGGAGCGCACGCAUGC